AAAACUCUUUCAAACAUCUCCAACAUUCUUUGAUGCAGCUGUAAUGACUCUUAAACAUGUGAACAUUCUGCUAAUGAAGAGAACAAACAUCUCAAAGCACAUAUUUAUCAGCUUUAACGCAUUUUAUUUGGGGAAUUCGUAGUGAAAUUGGUCAAUCGGAAAACAUGGGAGCAUUAGCUUUCAGUUUGCUCACUGGAUCCUUGUAGUGGAAGUCCUGCAGUUCUCGACUCUGUGCUGCUGCUGCUUUUAUCAAUCAUCAAAAUGCUCAUCAUCAUCAUGUCUAAGUCACUACAUCAGUGGGGCAGUUCUCCCUCCACCCCUCACACCUACCCCACACCUGAGUUACCUGAAGCAGGAGCAGGAGUUCCACCCACUAACCCCAGUGCAUUGUGGGAAAAUAAAAUUAUUCGCCAUGCGUUCAUCAGAAAGGUUUAUCUGAUUCUGGCGUUGCAGCUGUUAGUGACAACCUCAAUCGUCGCGGUGUUCACGUUCAUCCCUUCAGUGCAUCUCUUCAUCAUCCGGAAUCCUGUGGUUUACUGGGCGUCUGUCUUAAUUUUUCUUAUCAUUUAUGAGUUGUCAGUCAUUGAUGUUAUGAGGAGAGGAUUUCCUGGGAACCUGAUUCUCCUGAUCAUAUUUACUCUCGCCAUGUGCUUUGUGGCUGGAACAACAUCGAGUUAUUUUGAGACGAAGACCGUGUUCUUGUUUAUGGUGGAAUUCACCUCCCGUCCUGGUUUGUUCUGUGUUCUGUGCAUUGUGCUUUUAAUAACAGGCAUCAUCACAGCCAUCGUCCUCUCCCUUCAGUAUAUUAAGUGGCUGUCCAUGCUGUACACUGCUCUUGGGGUCGUCUUUUUCACUCUGUUCCUGCUAUACAACACUUGGCUGUUGUUGGAGAAACGAAUUUAUGAGCUAAAACCGGAGGAGUACUUGUUUGGAGCUCUGACUCUCUACACAAUCACACCGACCUUCUGGUUCCUGAUGAGGGACACCAACUGUCUGUCUGUCUGAAACAAUGAAAUAAAA